CAAGAAUGUUCCUGGGUGUGGACUGCCUUGUAUAAUUAACUGCACAGCUGUAGCUUCUGAUCCCUGGUAACGUCUGUUUCUUUCUUUCUCCCUGCGUCUACCUAGCAUAAUCCAGGCAUUCUCCUCCUCCUUGCAGGAGCUCCAGGUGCGUCACUUGGGCAGAAACUCUCCCGCAUUCCACCGUCAUUCCUUGCCGAGACAACGACCGGACCGUGCAGACAUACCCGCUUUGUAGAGUCUUGAGAGACAGGAACUGGAGGAAAGACUGAGCAGCGAAGCCAAUUCGCCCUGUUUAGACAAUGGAAACGGGGAGCGCAGCAAGGACAAACGGUACCACUGGGAAGCCAGAGGAUAUGAAGAGUCCAUCUGCCCCCAAAAAAGAAGAAGAAGUGAAGAAGACCACAAACCCUGGUGGAGGUGAAAAGGAAGCUAUGAAGGGCACUGGUGGUGCUUCUUUGGAGACAGGGCAAAUCAAGAGCUCCCUCUUCUCUGGGAGUGACUGGAAGAGGCCCAUCAUUCAGUUUGUGGAGUCAUCCGAUGAGAAGAGAUCAACCUACUUCAGCAUGGAUUCGGCAGAUUCAAAGAAGAUGCAAUAUACCAGUGGACAGAUAGGAGACAUGAGGAGACCACCCCUCUCCUUUGCAGAGAAGGGCGAUCUCAGGAAGCCCCUCUUCUCCUUGGAUUCCAAAAAAAGCUUCCUGCCUAGUGAAGGGGAAGGGAGGAAGUCGUUGUUCUCUGGGGGGCAGAUGGGGGACCUGAAGAAAAGUUCCCUCCCUCUCGUGGAGACAGGGGACCUGAGAAGAUCCACCUUCAACAAGCCUGACAGAGCAGCUGGGUCACGGCCCAGGGUGAAGCUCGAGGAUGUUCUGUGUGAUUCCUGCAUCGAUAACAAGCAAAAGGCCGUGAAGUCCUGCUUGGUGUGCCAGGCUUCCUUCUGUGAGCUGCACCUCAAGCCCCAUCUGGAGGGAGCAGCUUUCCGGGACCACCAGCUCCUGGACCCCAUCAGGGACUUUGAAGCAAGAAAAUGCCCUGUGCAUGGGAAGACCAUGGAGCUGUUCUGUCAGACGGACCAGAUGUGCAUCUGCUACCUCUGCAUGUUCCAGGAGCACAAGAACCACAGCACAGUGACAGUGGAGAUCGAGAAAGCGGGAAAAGAGGCUGAGCUUUCACUGCAGAAAGAGCAACUGCAGCUGAAGAUCAUUGAGGUAGAAGAUGAAAUGGAUAAGUGGCAGAAGGAGAGGGACCGAAUCAAGAACUACACCACCAAUGAGAAAGCCACAGUGGACCAGCAUUUCAAAGAGCUGAUCCGCGACCUGGAAAGGCAAAGAGAUGAAGUGAAGGCUGCCCUGGACCAGAGGGAAAAGAUUGCAUCAGAGAAUGUAAAAGAAAUCGUGGAUGAGCUGGAAGAGAGGGCAAAGCUUCUGCGGGAGGACAAGGAGAACAGGGAGCAGAUCCACCAGAUCAGUGACUCUGUGCUCUUCCUGCAGGAGUUUGGGGCUUUGAUGCGGAAUUACGUCCCCCCUCCAUCUCUCCCAACAUACAGCGUGCUGCUUGAAGGGGAGAGCAUGAGCCCAUCUAUGGGACUCCUCAGAGAUGACCUCCUAAACGUCUGCAUGAGGCAUGUGGAGAAGAUCUGCAAGGCAGACCUUGGCCGCAACUUCAUAGAGAGGAACCACAUGGAGAACGGUGACCACCGGUACAUGAUGAACAACUAUGAGUGGAACCAGCCUGACAAUCUGAAGAGAUUUUCCAUGUUCCUGUCUCCCAAAGCCAGUUUCAACCCACGAUCAUGGGAAUUUUCCUCCUUCCAAGCGACUGAGGAAACACUUGGCAAUGGUACUAAGCUGCCUUUUCAGUUCUCCUCGGUGGGACAGAAUCCGCCUGGUGACUUCAGCAAACAGUCUGACGGGAGCCUCUUCACUAAGACCGCUUAUCCUUCAAUAGUGAGACAUCAGUCUGCAAAGGUGACGCCACAGACAUGGAAAUCCUCUAAGCAGUCUGUAUUGUCACAUUACCGCCCCUUUUACGUCAACAAAGGCAAUGGAGCCACCUCCAACGAGGCACCUUGAUUCCUGAAGAUUUAGGGAAGAGCUGGCAGCACUUGGAGCGAAGACUCAGCUGCGGAUUUUCAUGGAUGUACCUGCUACUAUAUUAACCUUACUGCUCUAAUCUCUGCCAGGGAGAGGGAAGGUGCAGAAGGGAAUAGCCUUUACUAGAGGAAACAAGGACUUUUUCCAAAUCACCUUGAAAGCUCUGCAGGCCUUAACAACAUAACCCCAUCCUCUGCUGUCACCUCCUUAUUCCCUCUCUGUCAAUGCCCUUCCCUUUGCUUCUGCAGAGCGAGCCGCUCUGCUUCUCCUGGGAAGCAUGCAUGCUUGGGUAGCACCGCCCCCGACUCUGCUAUACCAGUUGCCCCGUUGUCCUGAGUGUGUUUAUAUGACCAUAGCUGUUAAGUCCUGGUGAAGGUCCCAAGCUGGGGGGGCCCAAAGGUCGUCUUGGAACGGAGAGGCCUCGGCCACUGGGAGCAGUGACAGGCUAAAGCUCUUUCCACGCCUCUCUGCACCACGACUGGGACCGGGUCCAGCGCUGCCACCUCCCUGAGAGCCCUGCAGACUGCCCCCAGCCCAUGCCCACGGCAGCUCGCUUCCUCAGGGCCCUUGGUCAGCUCAGCUCUGCUCCUGCUGCCUUCCAAAAAGCCAUUCAACAGGACCCAUUCGGAGCUGCUGCAGCCCAAGGCCACCUACUGGUGGAGAGCAGAGAGGCUUUCUAUCCCAUUAAAGUACCCCUCCAGCCACCUUUUCAAAUCAAGGAAUAAAAAGAAAAUCCAUCCUACUAAUAUAAAAUUGAUUAGAUGCCAUAAGUGUUGGGCGCUGUUUUGUUUUGUGGUUUGUUUUUUUUUAAUUCCCCUAAACCAAAAUUGAUUUAUAUAUUGUGGUUCAGGUAUUUUUUUCUGCAAUAGGCAAUGAGAAUUAGUACCGUAGCCUUUUGCUCAGGAUAAUAUUUUUUGUACGUCCCCUGGAUAGAAGAAUCACAUCAGCACCCAGCUUGCAAACCAGCCAGGGAUGGUUAACCUUUCCACGAUCUCAUCGAGAUUAUUUUCCUUCCCCUUGGACAAAGCUGAGAGGUUAGGUCCGUGCUUUGCAACCCCUCCCCCAGGCCAGUCAACGGAAGCAGAUGGCCCAUUGCAGGAUCAGAGCCCUCGAACAGUGAUAAGCAUCUGCAGAACACAGAACCAAGACCUGACAGCUACUUUUCAUGGUUUGCUCUAUUCAAGUGGUUUUUGGAAUAGCUUCCCCCCACCUUUCCUACCGUCAAAUGCUUGCAACACCUUGCUGAGAGAGGUCACACCUAUCGCUCCCUGAAAAUUACUUUCUUGCUAAUUCCUGUGCAAAGAUACUUGCUGCUUUUUAAUCUGACACCUCAGACAAAAAUUCUGAGGCUGAGAGUUGGUUGCUCCAGAAUACUUGAAAUGGCACUUAUUUUAUAAUUUUUUUUUUUUUCCUUAAUGACCAGAGGGGAAGGGAAUAGCGUAGUGGGGAAGGACGUGAAGAAAGGGAAACUGGGAUAGAGUUGCUAGGAAAUACACCGAGGGGUUUGAGUAUGUGUGUGAAAGGAUAAAAUACACCCCCUGCAAAUCUCAUUCUUUCUUUUGCCCCCGAGGAGGCAUCCAGUAGCCACUUGGGUCCCUUAUUUUCUAGCAAAAGCUUCCACCGCCUCCCUUCUAUUCUCCAACACGUGGGCGUGAUCCCUCCUCCUCCUCCAAAACUUGGAUAUUAACCCCCCCCCCCCCCCUUCUUUGCCGCCCCAAAGAAGGCCUGCUGCGAUGUCAGCUGGGAGCUGCACUGCCCCUCGCCCAGCACACGAAUGACCGGCCUGAGGAAGCAAGCGUCCCCUUCCUCCCCCCCCCCCGUCCCCUCCCCGCCGGCUCUGCCCUCCCCCACCUCUGCAGUCCCCACGGCCCGUUUGCUCCCCUUCCUCUCCUCGCUUCGAGGGCCUCGCUCAGACCUUGCACGCAUGACUUUUCACGCUGGCACGCUCCGGCGACAGGCUGGUCUCCCCACAGCCCUUUGCCCCCACCAGAGGAGCGCGGGACGGGGCACAGCUCCGGCCCCGCCGUACCUCGCGGUCCCGGGGAACUAGCAGCGCGGCUUCGAAGGUGUAUUGUGCAUGAACUGUUUUUAUCGUGUUUAUCUCGAUCAGCAAAGCAAGAGGAAUUCCACCUCCUCAGACAGGACCCGACUGCGCUGAUGUAAAUGAGGCCCUUCACGUGUGCAACACAUACUGCAGAAAUAAAGGAGAAAGCUCCAUGUCUGACUAAAA